AUUUAUCAUUUAUAUGGUAUUCAGAGCUUGACCAAAUUUUCAACCGCUCAACAUACAGGUGCGCUCGAGCAGCGACGUUAUAAUUGUUUGAGGCUGAGAAAAUGUGACGUCAACCGGACUUCUGCGCUUGGACGGUGACUUCUCGCGUCCCCGCGGCUGACUUAGUGGCACAUCGAGGCACUCGAGGACUGCGGGGCAGCAAACUGGCAAAGCAAACAAGCGAAACGAAAGGAGCGACGACUCCUUUUUUCUGCAUUAAUGUUCGACGGCUGUUGCGCUGAGCGGUUGUAGAAGACCGUUUUGAUAUUUUUCACAUCAACAAAUGUAUUGUGAAGCAUCACGUUGCUUGGAAUAUUUUCGUUCUCUUAGCCCACCGCCCCCGUUUUAUCCUUGUGAUUUUUUUUAAAGCGGGGCCAGUGAAAUGUAGCUGCUGCUUGACAGCUGUGAGGCAUCACAUCUGCAACCUACAGCAAGUCACCCCUCCCCAUCUACCUGCUCAUGAAGAGCAACUGCUGCAGCUCCUUAUUAACAUCUGCCACGUCGGACCCUGGAGGCUGCUGUUCUUUUGAUCAAGGAGCCCGCAACAAGCCGUAGGUAGCCUGCUACGGAAAGCAGCAGAGGAUCGUGGACCUUGCAAAGCUGCUUGCUUGAAAGCAGCCCACUGAAGUCGCUGAUCUAAGCUGGUUCCAGUGUGGCGCUGAUGACAAGGUUCCGGAGUGAAAUUUGACUGACAGGUGGUUCUCUUUCUAACCUGCAAGGGGCAAUGGCUCGCCCUGGUCCAGGCUUAUUGCUUUCCACAAAUGGGCUGGGCUACCCUCCCCAGAAUCUAGCCAGAGUAGUGGUCUGGGAGUGGAUGAACGAACAUGGGCGCUGGAGGCCCUACAGUGCAGCGGUGUGCCACCAUAUUGAGAACAUCCUGAAGGGUGAUGCCCGAGGAACCGUAGUUCUUGGACAGGUAGAUGGCCAGCUAUCUCCAUACAUCAUCGACCUGCAAUCAAUGCAUCAGUUUCGACAGGACACGGGCACCAUGAGACCAGUGCAGAGGAACUUCUACGAACCGUCUUCUGCUCCGGGCAAAGGCGUGGUGUGGGAGUGGGAGAACGACAAUGGCUCAUGGACUCCAUAUGACAUGGAGAUAUGUGUGACCAUCCAGAAUGCCUACGAGAAGCAGCACCCGUGGCUGGAUCUGACCUCGAUAGGCUUCUGUUACCUCAUCGAUUUCAACAGCAUGUCACAAACCAAUAAGCAGAGCCAACGCAAACGGCGCCUUCGGAGACGGAUGGAUCUUGCUUACCCACUCAUCAUGGGUUCCAUCCCCAAGUCGCAAUCUUGGCCUGUGGGUGCCAGCUCUGGUCAGCCCUGCUCCUGCCAGCAAUGUAUCCUGGUCAACAGUACGAGAGCCGCAUCGAAUGCAAUCCUUGCCUCUCAGCGACGGAAGCUCCACGGAGGGGCAGCAGGCAAUACGGGUGCCACAGGGACCCUGACGACCGUGCGGCAGAGCAACACAUUUGCUGGAACCUCUCUUUGGUCUCCAAGUUCGCCUGGCACCAAUAAUGUCAGUAUAGGAGGCGGGCAAGCCAAAGGUGAGCAGGUGCAGGUGCCAUUGUCCCCAGCCAACUUUCCUGUGAUGUCAUCCCAUGGGCACAACACACUUGCAAUCAACGGACAGAACAACCUGAACCGACCAGGCACUCAGCGCAUCUCGAUGGCCAGUCCUAGAGGAACCAUUCCACCAGGAGUUCCUGCUCUCCCAGUCAAAAACUUGACUGGGUCUGGACCAGUGCAUCCAGCGCUAGCAGGUAUGACUGGUAUCCUGAUGUGCGCUGUAGGUCUCCCUGUUUGCCUGACCCGAGCACCCAAGCCUAUUUUGCACCCACCGCACAUCAGUAAGAGCGAUAUGAAGCCUGUGCCGGGGGUUAACGGGAUGCGGCGCAAGACCAAGAAAAAGCACCUGAGGAAAGGCAAAACCCCAGAGGAUGUUGUCAGAAGAUACACCGACAAAAUUAAAGUGGCACCAGAUGAGGACUGUACCAUCUGCAUGGAGAGGCUGACCAUGGCAUCAGGCUAUGAAGGCGUCCUGCAGCAUAAAGGCAUCAAGCCAGAGUUGGCGGGCAAACUUGGCAAGUGCGGGCAUAUGUACCAUCUGCUGUGCCUGGUGGCCAUGUACAACAAUGGCAAUAAGGAUGGAAGUCUUCAGUGCCCAACAUGCAAAACCAUCUACGGGGAGAAAACAGGCACUCAGCCUCCCGGGAAGAUGGAAUACCACGUCAUCCCUCACUGCCUGCCCGGCUACCCGGACUACAAGACCAUUCGCAUCGUCUACGAUAUUCCUGCCGGUGUCCAGACAAAUGAGCAUCCCAACCCUGGAAAGAAGUUUAGCGCAAGGGGUUUCCCUCGGCAGUGUUACCUGCCAGACAACGAGAAGGGCAGGAAGGUCCUCAAGCUGCUGAUCACAGCCUGGGACCGACGCCUCAUCUUCACCAUCGGGACUUCCAGUACCACAGGCGAGUCUGACACGGUGGUGUGGAACGAAAUCCACCACAAGACCGAAUUUGGCUCCAACCUGACAGGGCACGGCUACCCGGACCCAAACUACUUGGACAACGUCCUGACGGAGCUGUCGGCCCAGGGAGUGGGCGAGGACAACGUAAAGGACUGAGAGACUCUCGAGCUGGACGACGGAAACACAACACAUCAUCUGCUGCGAUUAAGAUGCUGUGGUGGCAAGGCAAGAGUGAUAGAAACAAAACGAUUGUUGUGAUCUUUUUGCUUUCAUUUUGAUUACAUUUGACAUUAUGCCCGCAGCAUGUAUGGGUCCUCAGAGACUUGCGGCACAUGCGUCAUGUCUGUGUUGCCGCCAACAAAUGUGUCACUGACCUCUUUCGAGUCAAAGUGAAACAUCUGCACUUGUAGCGCAACAAGGAGGCGUGAUUGCGUGGCCCCACCAACGCCGCAUAACGAAUGUCGAGGAAAUUGCUGCAAUAAGAUGAGGUGCCAAUGAAGCUGAUCUCACUUGAGAAGACAAAUUGUAAAGAAAGACACGCAUAUGACUUUUCUUAAGGAUUGGCUUCUCCCUUGUUUAGUGAAGAAAAUGAAAUCUUGUAACACAUAGUGCGACUUUUCUGUGAGUUCAGAAAACGUGUGCCCCCAUCGCUAAAGCAAGGGCUAAAUAAAGUGUGUUUUAUAGUACAUGAAAUAGAUUCCACUGACCCAGAAGCUAUAAGGUAUUUUCCAAUGGGCAUUUGUUACAUCGCUAACCUUAUGGGCUGCCUUUGAAAAUUUGGAGGCUUGCUAUGAGAUGUUGGAGCGUACCAUUGCGACAUUCCAAGGUUAAACUCAUUUAUUUUGUUGACACUCUGGGAAAGCUGACCUCUGUGAACAUGAAGCCCCAUGUUGGUAUGCUCUCAAUUGGAGGAAAUUGUGGCCUUGGGUCUAUCCAUCAUUCUGCCAUACAUGAGAGGGAGCAUGUGACUGCAUGCAUUGAGAUCCUAAAGGUGUCGGCAUUUUCCCUAGGAGAUCCAUCUUGCGAUAUCUCAUCUCUCCUGAGAGGGUUUUGUUUUAAGACUCGAUCGAACACGCUGCAGUGAGCACUGCUUUCCUUCUGCAGGGAGGAGCGGUGAAGCAAGUUCUCUUCUUGAUUCAUGUUCUCUUCAUGAGCAGCGGACACCCUUCAAGGAAACAUGCAAAUGUUGCUUUAUCGCAGCGGAAGAUGCAUCGGAAGUAUUUUGAUUUCUUCUGUGCAUGUGUUCCGCUUUCCCUCAAAGAUGUUGUGCCCAAGAGCUAAAGAUGGUUUGAAGAUCCCUGCUGGGGAUCUUCAUGGUUUGGGUUUUUGUUUUUUGUACUUGCAGAUGAAAGCGAGGUCAGCGCUGACUUUCCACAAGAGCAUCUGAUCAACUUUAAUGAGGUGGGAUGUUGAUGUAAACUUGUUGUGGGGCUCAUUUUGGAGCAAAUCAGUCUUCCACAGCAAUUUGAAGCAGCAGCUUUGCUUCCAAGUUGUUAUUUCUUUUUUUAUAGUCUUAAAUGACAUUUCCCCCCUAAAGUCAUCUUAUAGUGCUUUGGAGGAAAAAUGAUUUAGGGAGGUGAUCUGCCCGACUAUUUGAGCUUAGUUUAUUUGUAUGGUCAGUUUAUUUUUAUACCGUAAAACAUUCAAUUACCCAUAAACCUAGCGAUACAAAAGCAGAUGUCUACAAGAUACAUAAAAGCUGGCAAUGUUGUCAGUUUUUCAGGGACUGUUUACUUAUGUAUGACAUAUUAAUGGGCGUCGAAUAUAAUAAGUAGUGUUAGUGUAUGCUACUGUCCGUACCUUCAUGUAGAAUGUGUGUAGGUGACUUGAGUAAAUAUAGUCAGUGUAUCUCUGUCAUUAGUCGGGGAGCCUAAACAGCAUGAGCGUCGUCAUCCUCCCUUAGGGUCCUUUCUAGAUAGGAAGUCAACUUUUUAGUUCACCUUCAGUCAAAAACAAGUAAUCAACUGGGUGAAAAUUGGCUGCAGAUAUCAUCUCUGUUCGAUUAAUAAACAGGAGCCACAGAUUGGUGGGUUAAGGCUUUUUUAUUGUAUUUUUUUAAAGGCCCUGAAACCUUUUUUUUAUUUUUUACUCACAAUGUAAUAUUGGCUUGCUCUGUAUUGUGAGACGUAUGCAACUGGGUGACGUGUCACUUUGCUGCUGGAGCAGCGGGCCUGCGGCUGCUUCUGGUGCCUCCUAAAUCAAUACAGCCUGUUGUCAUGAUUUCAACCACAUCCAGCCAGGCGAAACAUAUAAGUGAGCAGCAUGUCUGUUACUAUUGUGUUGACUAACAUGGCGUUAGAAGAGCUGGAGGUCACCUUGAAGAGCAGCAAGCCGAGAGUGUGUUCUGAUGUGUGCAAGUGUUGUUGUUGUUUCUCUUUUAAGCAAAAACAGCAGUUUUCUCUGGGGGUGACGCACCAGCGGGAAAACCUGUCUGCCUAUUUGCUGCAGUUCAGACUUAUUUAAUAAUAGUUAUAUUAGACCAUGGAGAGUAUGUCCACCACUUUCAUAGAGCUUCAUUGCUUUUGCGCUCUUCGUGAAGCAGAUCUCAACUAAGAUCAAAAGUUCAGGGAUUAUUAUUUCAUGUCUAAGGGAGAACCAAAUUCAUUUUAAAUUAUGGUCUACAACCAACAUCUUACGAGCUGAACGCAUCUUUCGAAGUGAGUUGUUGUUUUUUUUUCCCCGCGAGUUUCCGUGAUGGAUCUUCUUUGACUCUUGGUGUACUGAUUCACUCUGGAUGACACAGCUCUGGUCUUUUUAUGCAAAAAUGCGUCUGUCCAAAUGUUUUGUAGUUGAAAUGAUCAGCCUCCUAGAAUUUUUAUCCUCAAAGAAUUCGUCUGUAAGCAAUCGCUGCAUGAACUAUUUUUUCCAUCAGUUCACCUCACCGAAAGAGGUUUUUUUGAAAGAUACUUUUUCAGGGGCGUUAAAAAUAGUUCUGUUUUAGUUUUUUCUUCUCCAUCCACUUGGAUAUUGACUGCAGUCAAUUUAAAGUGUGCAUGCAUGGAAUAUAACCUGUGACUGAGGAACACAUGUGCCAAUGCGCCACAUAAAAAGGUUCCUUUUAUUCCAGUUUCAACUUGUCAUCUUAUUUAGGCUGUCUACUUUUCUCUACCCCGUCACAAGGCAACAUAAAUUGAGACCGAUCAUUGUUUGGACCUCCUUUUACUUUUGGAGGCCUUAGCAAGUCAGAACUAUCAGGGAAACGUCCACAUUGAGUGAAGUCUAUUGAAGAAGAGAAAUCCAAAUGUUUGCGCCUUGAACAUUUUGUCGCCCUUUAGACUUUCAGGUGUGUACAGACUUUCGCGGAAAGGAAACAUGCAAUGCGGUUUGGUAUGCCUGAGUGACAGAGAGAGCUUGUUUAUGCAAUUUACUAUUUUCGAAAUGAUUCAUUUGUAGCAAGGACAGUGAUAUUUUUGGGUUAGUAGUUGUUGUCCUUGUGGGGGUGCCUCACUCUUGUCUAGAAUAAAAGCUGACAUAUGCAUAUAGGAAAGCAUAUAUUUUUUGAUGUAUUUUCUGAUUAACGAUUGUCUUUGCGAUAACUAUGUCAUUUGAUUCCAAGGGGGAAGUUAUAAUGUAUCAUUGGGCGCAAGAUGUAGUACUGUACUACUGUAAUCAAAAGUCCUAAAUGUUCAAUGCUUAUAGUACAUGUACACCUCUUUCAAAUAUACCUUCGACAUUUAGUGUGGCUAUACUGUCUGUUGGUAUCUCUUUGUCUCUUUGAGUGUGCGUCUUGCAAGACAAAAAUCAUCGGGCCGCGUCAUCCUUUAAAAAGACGUUCAUGUUCUGCCCGAGAUGCAUAUGAGCCACUUUCGUGGCAAUGCGUAGGAAGUCAUUACGAGCUCCUCUUUAGAAAGGUCAACCAGAUGAUGUUGUCAUCUUAGCACGGCUCUUUAUCUUGUCGCAGAACAUUUUCAUUUUACACGACUCAAGGAGACAUGGCGUUUGGCUGAUAUCAACUUUUGGGACAUGUGCAACAUGUUUCGUGUUUUAAUUGACCUUUUCAAUUCCUAAUUUUGUGGUUUGACAUGACUUGAGCAAAAAUUUUCUCGUUCAAACUCAAAAUGAGCUUAAAGAGACAUGGAGACAAUGAUCACUAUAAAGGGCUUUUUAAACAAAUAAUCAGUCUUUAUUGAAUCGCGUUGACCUUGUUGCAUGUUUGUGUCUUUCUUGUGGACAAAAAUGAAAAAAUAAAGUGCCCUCAGUGGGGGUGAUUUUUGUUUCA